CCCUCCUAGAGUGCUGAAAUUACAAGCUACUAUGCUGGUUUUUUUUUUUUUUUUUAAUUCAGCUAAAUACUUAUGUAUCUCUUGAAGUGUACUCAUGUGCUCAGAUUUUUCUAGAACACCCUGCGGUCAUUGUUUCCAUAGAAAGCCGAGCCCUGGCCUGCUACUGUGCAGAGUGGUCUGGACUAUGUACUGCCUGUCUUGCUAUGUAGGCCAGGGGUACAGGGAGUAAGGCAGUUAUCCUUAGCAAAAAAGAAACGUGCAAAUGAGACCACUAAAAUAGAUUUAAGAGAAAAUUUUAGGUUCGCAGGAGACGACACUUGUAGAGACUGACAGCAUCCACUGGUAAAUGGAUGGGCUCAAAGCCUAUGAAAAAGACAGAAAAGUGGGGUCCUGGCUGUUUAGGGGCAGGGAGGGCUCAGUUAUCUACACCUAGUUACCAAGAAGGGAAAUGACUAAUAUGGGAAUUUAGAUCUUGCUGUGACCGACCAAAAACUGGUAAAAAAUGUGUCCCUUUCUUGCCAGCUGUGUAUUUUGUAGCGGGUUGGCAAGAAAAGAGGCCAGCGCUGUCCAUGGUAACUAUUUUUCGUGACUAAAAGCUUACAUUCAUUCGUUUUCUCCUUUCAUCUCGUUUCCAAAGCAAAUACGGGAGGGCCGGUUUCCUAGUUUGGUAUCACGUGGGGAUGAGGUGGAAAGGCACGCCAAGGCACGCCGGUCCGCAAGUGAUAGGCACUAAGGCCGGGUCUUCCCUCCAGACCCUUGCUCUGGCUUCCGCCCCUCCGCUCAGGAUGCUCCUCCUCCAGGGGGGCACCACUUCCGCAGCAUCCAAUCAUAUGUAGCUGGAGGCGGGACAAGUUGACGCUGAUGGCUAAUCAGGUUUGUGAAGGCGGGGCUGCGGAGGGGCCGCAACUAGGUUUUCACAGCCUUGAGACCCGGGCGCCGGCGGCGCGCGCUUUGCGCGCGCCCGCUCCAGAGCAGCCCCUCGGCGCGCUCUGCCCUCGGGGUCGCGGCGCCCGUCAUUCUCUGUUUCUGCUGAGGCCCAGGAACCUGUCUGGGGCAGGGACGGCGCCUGGAGGUUCCCAGGGAGUCAUGGAGCUGAACACCAAGAAGAAGCUUCAUGCCCUGUCCCUGGCUGAGAAAAUCCAGGUGCUGGAACUCUUAGAUGAGUCCAAGAUGUCCCAGUCAGAGGUGGCCCGGCGCUUCCAGGUCUCGCAGCCCCAGAUCUCACGUAUCUGCAAGAAUAAGGAGAAGUUGUUGGCAGAUUGGUGCAGUGGCACAGCCAAUCAUGAGCGGAAGCGGAAGCGUGAAUCCAAAUACAGUGGGAUCGAUGAGGCUCUACUCUGCUGGUACCACAUUGCCCGAGCCAAGGCCUGGGAUGUAACAGGGCCCAUGUUGCUCCACAAGGCCAAGGAACUGGCCGAUAUCAUGGGCCAGGAUUUUGUGCCUAGCAUUGGCUGGCUGGUCCGCUGGAAACGUAGAAACAAUGUGGGCUUUGGGACUCGCCAGGUCCUUGUCCCUCUGUUCCCUCCUGAACCUCCUCCUGCAGUUCUCCCAUCUCAGGCCCAGCCUCCUCUUUCUCUUAAAGACUUCUCACCAGAAGAUGUUUUUGGCUGUGCUGAAGUACCCUUGUUAUAUCGAGCAGUGCCUGGCAGAGUGUUUGAAUGUGAUCGGUUGCAAGUACUGUUGUGUGCCAACAGCAGAGGCACAGAAAAGCGAAGGGUAUGUGUGGGUGGACUCCAGGCUGCCCCAAGAUGCUUCUUUGGGGUCAGCAGUGAGGCACUGCCUGCAUCUUACCACCCUGACCUAGCCAUUCCCUGGUCAGAGUGGCUGGCACAGUUUGACCAGGACAUGGGACAGCAGGGCCGACAGGUAGCCUUGCUACUGGCUUCCGGAGUGGUAGAGGAAUCGGCCAGCCUUCCUGGACUCCACCAUGUGCGUCUCCUGCCUCUUUCCUCCUCCAGCACCACUCCUUCUCUGCCUGGCUCUGUGGUUUUGGCCUUUAAGGCUCAUUAUCGUCACCGUCUGCUGAGCAAACUGGCUGCCAUGCAGAGUGGGAAAGAGGGCACCUCACUGGCUGAGGCCAGGGCUAGCAUCACAGUUUUGGAUGCUCUGCAUAUGGUGGCCGCAGCCUGGGCCAAGGUACCUCGCCAGCUCAUUUUGAGUAGUUUCAUUCAAGAAGGGCUCGCUCCGGGCAAAACACCACUGUCUCUGGACAAAGACACUGAGAUGUCACUAGUCCCUAGUGGGCUGAGCCAAGAGGAGUUUUCUCACUUUGUAGACCUGGAGGAUGAGGACCCAAGGCCUAGAGUGUGCAAAGAGGAGACGGGUACCGAAGACCAUGGGAGGGAAGAAGAUGGCUUUGAGCCCCUGCCCACCAAAGCUGAUGCCCUGCAGGCACUGUGCACCUUGAGGAGGUGGCUUGAGUGCAACAACGCCUCUCCAGAACUCUUUGAGAAAUUCUAUGACUGUGAGGUGGAGGUAGAGCAGCUCUGCUGCCUGUGAGGAGGCAUGGCUGCCUGUAGUCUCCCCUCUCCUGUUUCCCAUGGAAACACCUCUCCAGAGGCAGACUGGCUCUUUCCUGUGGAAAUAGUAUGUGGAGGGUGUAGAAGGGAAGGAAGUUGAAACACGAAGUCUAAGGUCAGAGUAAAAGUUGUUCAAGCCUAGAGUUUCCACAGAUGGUGCCUCAAGAGUGGGAAUCUGGGCUGUAUAGCUUCUAGGCCCUGGUGAAACUUCUAGAGCUUUGUGGAGAGUUAGUUAGUCUAAAUAGGGUAGAACCUAGAAAGGCAGACUUCCUAACAGUGGCCCCAUUCCUUGAAUUUUUUGUCAAAACCAGUUCUGCUUCAGGAAAUAAAGUUUUUAAAGUUGAGGU